AUGCACUACUGCUGGGGCGACAACUCCUUCAGGCAGCUGGGGAUCAAGGCCAGGCGCAGGGCCAAGAAUGCGGGGGUGAGAUGCCGGGCGGUAGACAGCCCAGGCGGCGAGCCCUUACUGCAAGCUGCUUGCGGGGAGCGCCACUCGCUGCUUCUGCUGUCGGACGGCACCGUCUGGUCCUGCGGUGACAACAGCUGCGGGCAGCUGGGCAGGAAGAUCAUCCAGGACUGUAAGAAGCCAGCACCAAUUCAGGCACUGGAAACUCAGAUAAUUGUUUCUGUCAGCUGUGGAAAAGAGCACUCCUUGGCUGUUUGCAAAAGAGGAAGAGUCUUCUCAUGGGGAUCUGGUUCUGAAGGGCAGCUGGGCAUCGGAGAAUUUAAGGAACAAAGUUUUAUACCAAAGCAAAUUGGGGAUCUUUCUAAGGUCAAAAUAAUACAAGUCUCUUGUGGACAUUAUCACUCCGUAGCAUUGGCACAAGAUGGCAAAGUCUUUUCAUGGGGAAAGAACAGUCAUGGACAACUAGGCCUGGGGCAAAACAUCCCCUCCCAAGCCAGCCCCCAGCAGGUGACCAGUCUCAACGACAUUCCUCUGGCUCAGGUUGCAGCGGGAGGGGCUCACAGCUUUGCCCUCUCUCUCUCUGGUACUUCAUAUGGCUGGGGAAGCAACAGUGCAGGCCAAUUGGCCCUCAGUGGCAAGAAUGCAUCAGUACAACAAAGCUACAAACCUCAUUCCAUUGGUGAACUAAAGCACCUUAAUGUGACUUACAUCAGCUGUGGGGAUGAACAUACAGCUGUUCUUACCCAGGAAGGUAAAGUAUUCACAUUUGGAAGCAAUACCUCUGGACAGCUGGGACAUGAACUGGUUUCUGAGAAGAGGAGUCCCCAGCUUGUGGAAUCAGCUCAUGUCUUUUCUCAAAUAGCCUGUGGAAGUCAUCACACUCUUGCAUAUGCCUGUACCACUGGCGAGGUGAUAUCUUUUGGUUGUGGAUCUCAAAGACCCCCAAACAGCUCUUCACAACCAGAUGAUCUGGAACAGAACUUCAGUAUUAGUGACCUGAUUUCUUCUUGUGACUUUAGAGGUGUUCAAGUGAAGGAAAUUUUUGCUGGAGCAAAUGCCAAUUUUGUGACCACUAUCCAGUUAGAGGAUGUUAGUUCUUCAUGUGCUACUGGAAGAAGACUACAGCAAAUCAGCCAGAUUAACCAAACCCUGAUUGAGAAAUGGACCACAGUGGAAAUUGGAAGUGAAGAAUAUGAGGAGUCAAAAAGGGAAAUUUGUGAUAUAUUUUCAUAUCCUGCUUGUCUGACUGGCAGUUUUUUGAAGAAAAGAACUGAUAAUACUUCUUCUAUUGAUGUUGAUCUACAAAUGGCAAGAGAUGUCUUUGAGAAAUUAACUCAGAAGGACUGGAUUAGAAACACGAUAACUGCAUGUCUCAGAAAUUAUCUGCUUAAAGCACUCCCAUUGGAUUCUCCACACCAAGAUGCUUUAUCAAUUUUCCUCCUACUCCCAGAGUAUCCUGUAAUGCACAGACCUGAGAACUGCAUAUCUCUAGUGGUGCCACUUGCAGAAGCUUUUUGUCAAAUGAGUGACCGGUCUUCCCAAGUCCUGGAGAAAUGUUGGGCAUCAUUGGAGGAAUCUUCUUUCAAGUCGUUGAUUGAGAUGGUCAAAAAAAUGAUCAACUUUCAAAUGAUGUCUUGGUCUGGUAGUUCCCAAGACCAUCAUAACAUGAAAACUCUCCUUGGAAUGCUGAAAAUGCUUCACAGGGGAAACAAGAAGGCUAAAUAUAAAGUUCCAGAGAGUACAUUCCAUAUCAGUGGACUCUUCUCUUUGUUGGAUAUAAGAAAAGAACUAGAAAGAUGGAAGUCUUCCAAAAAGCAUUCUGAGUCUUCAAAUAAAGCCAACGAUCCUGUCAUAUUUAUUAACUUUCCUUUUGUCUUUGAUCUGCUCUCCAAAAUAAAAAUACUGGAAAUAAGUUUAUGUUUAAAUAAGGCGGAACAAUUUUUGGCAAGCCCAUUUCAUCCUUGUAGAAACUGUGAGCUAAACCAAAGAAGUAAAUUAUCCCUGUUACCUCAUCUUUGUCUCACAGUCAGUCGGAGUCACCUGAUUGAGGAUGCCCUUCAUCAGUUAAACCAAGUUGUGGACAACGCCCUUAAGAAGGAAUUAUUGGUCUCAUUUGUUGAUGAAAUUAAUCAUCAUGUUGGAGGGGUCAGGAAAGAAUUUUUCCAUUAUGUAUUUAAGGAGAUGACCUGCCCAGAAUAUGGAAUGUUUAUGUAUCCUGAAACAUCUUCCCUAAUGUGGUUUCCUACCUGUCCUAAAUUUAAAAAGAAAAAGUAUUUUCUCUUUGGAAUACUGUGCGGCCUCUCCAUAACCCAUAGCAAUGUUGCUAAUAUUCCUUUUCCACUAGCUCUCUUUAAGAAACUUUUGGAUCAAAAACCCUCACUGGAAGAUUUACAAGAGCUGAGUCCUGAAUUUGGCAAAAACCUGAAGUUACUUCUGGAUGAAAAUGCCAAUAACAUAGAAGAAAUAUUUUACAUGCAUUUUUCUAUAUACUGGGAUGAAAAAGAUAUAGACCUAAUUCCAAAUGGAAGUUCCAUUUUGGUGAACAAAGCCAACAAGAAAGAUUUUGUUUCCAGAUGUAUUGAUUACAUCUUUAAUACAUCUGUGGAGAAGAUUUAUGAGGCAUUCCAAAAGGGAUUUUACAAAGUCUGUACAAAAGAGAUACUCAAAAUUUUCCAUCCUGAGGAACUUAAGGUAGUGCUAACUGGAAACCCAGAUUAUGACUGGAAAACAUUUGAACAGAAUUCACAGUAUUCCCAAGGAUAUCACAGCUUACAUCGUACCAUUGUGAUGUUCUGGAAGGCUUUCCAUAAAUUGUCUGAGGAGGAAAAGAAAGGAUUCCUCUUGUUUCUUACAGGAAGUGACAGAUUUCAAGCACAAGGAGUAGAGAAUUUGGGAAUAAAUUUUUCCCACCUUGACUAUUUAAGUGAAACAGAUCUUCCAGAGGCGCAGACCUGUUAUAAUAUCCUGUACCUCCCACAAUAUUCUACAAUGAAAAGGAUGAAAGAAGCCCUUCAAAUAGUCAUCAAAAACAACAAAGGAUUUACCAAUUAGUCAUCAAUCAAACAUUUGCAAAAAGAAAAAGGACAUUGGGAUGUAAAAUUACCAUGCUACUAAUUCAAUAUAUUAAUGACUUUUUAAAAAGUGAAAUUAUCUUAUACCAUAUGCCAGAAUAAUGGUAUCUAUUGAUGUGGUAUCAUAGUAUCAAAAUGGGUACACGAUUUAGACAUAAAGGUAAUACCAUAGGCAAAUUAGGAGAGGAAAGAAUAGUUUACUUGUCAGGUCUAUGGAGAGGGGAAGAAUUUAUGAC